AUGGACGUCUUUCGGGAGACCGACAUGACGAUUAGGGGCGAGCUCGCGAGGCGGAUGCGUAAGGCUAUGAAACCGCUCCUCGUCGUGGGCGAACGGGAGUGGCUGACGGACGAGCCGGUGACCGAUUUCUUCGCUGCGCAGGAGGGACGUUUCAGGACCUUUAAGACUCUCGGAUGGUACGAUUCCAACCACGUGGAUCGCAUGAAACGAAUAUUGACGAAGGAUCGACGGGAUGGGGUGGAGCCCACGAAGUUCGGGGGUGUCGUGAACUUGGGCGGGGUCCACUACGUAGCGGUGUAUUUUGACGUCAAGGCUCGGACGGCCGAGUACUUUGACAGUGUCGGAAACCCUCCGCCCGCGCGCGUUCGGGCGUUCUUGGAUCAGGCGAUCGCUCACCUCGAGAAGAAGCACGGGGUAUCUUUUCGGCUCCUCGUCCCGACCAUCCGUCAUCAACUGGGAGAUCGGGAGUGCGGCAUGUAUGUUUGUUACUUUGUCUUGCAGCGACUCCUCGGCAGGUCCUUUGCGUGGACCCGGAGAGAGGUCGUCCCGGGACGCACGGAUGAGGGAGUUGCAGAGGGUUUAUUUCAGGAG